AUGCCUGGGAACCAGCAGAAAUCAGAGUCUUUGGAGAUGGACUCUGACAUGUCGCCAAGCUGCAGGCUCAGUGACUUGAGCAGAGGUGGCAGUCUGGAGAGCCGGAGCAGCAGCUCUCGCUCCAGAAGCUUCACUCUGGAUGAUGAGAGCCUGAAGCACCUCACACACGAGGAAAAGGAUGUCAUCCUGUUCUUUGAGGAGACCCUCGAUUCCCUGGAAUAUGACUUUGAUGAGCCAGCCCUGUGUGACAGUGGCAUUCAUUGCCACUCUCCACAGUCUCUGGAAGAGAGCCCUUCCAGUCACUCUGAACCGGAAGAUGUCAUCGAUUUAGUACAGCCAGGACCUGUGUCUGGGGAAGCUGGGAGCCUUGCAGAUGUGCCUCAAGUAGCAGGGGCCCCAUCUGCUACAAAACAGGGCUCUCCUGUUCCUGAAGGUGGGAAACAAGCCGCUGAGAAUUCCCUACCUCCACCAGACUCCGGGGAUCCCGAGGUGUUUUCUCUGCCGCUGCCCUCUCUGCCCUCUGCCCCACGAAAGGAGCUGAUGCCCCCCUCUCCUCCAGCAGAACAUCCCAAACUGUCCCGCUCCGUGCCCCCUCCUCUGGUGAUUGCUCAUAAAAUUUCUGAGAAGUUAGCAGGAAACGAAGCCCUGUCCCCCACCUCCCCAUCGAAGGAGGGCAGGCCUGGGGAAUGGAGGACACCGACUUCUAUAACCUCUCGAAAUGGGGACCAGGUUGGCGUAUGGCACCGACACACAGCCCAGCCGGCACCCAAGAUCCACCGCUUCCCCAGCAACAUAUGCGUGACCAACAGCGCCGGCAAGGACUUCAACAAAACUAUCUCCAAGGCGGCCGUCAACGUGCAGGAGCGGAAGGCCCAGGUCCUGGCCAACAUCAAUGGCAUGUCCUUCAUCGCCGCGGGCGACACGUCAUCGGAAGAGCGGUGGCAGAAGGCAGAGGAGCAGAGGGGCGGCUCUGGGGACGGGGAACGCGCCCAGGGCAGGGUGGGCAUGGCCGGGGAGCCCGGGGGACCGCGUGCAGGAGGCCCAGCCAGGGCGCAGCAGUCCAGGGCUGUGCAGACCGAGCAGCCACCGCUGGCCAAUGGCUUCCAGAGCGUGCACGAGGCCCUGCGCAGCGAGCCCAGCCCCUUCGUUCCCACCAGCAAGACCAUCACUUUCCGGCCAGACCCGGCUAUAGCGGGCAAGCUGGCGCGCCAGAACGCCAGCCGCAGCCUGUACGAACCGCGACUGGACAGCCUCCAAGAGGCCCGCAAACGCACAGGCUCGCUCCCCCGGGCUGCGGGCUUCCGACCACAUGGCAUCACAGUGCAGUUCGCCGGCCGCGGCUCCACGGAAGAAGCACGACGAGAGGCCCUGCGCAAGCUCGGGCUGCUAAAGGAGAACUUGUGAGGGUCAUAGGUGGGACUGCUGGAGUGGCUGGGUAGGCCUUGCACGCCCGCACUGGGUGUCCGGUUCUAUAAGCGCAGGAGCUGGGUGGCACGAAGUGCUGCAUAUUGGGGAAGAAGUCUCAGCCCCAUCCCCUGUGUCCAGUGCAGCAUGGACUCAGAGGCCAGCAGGGGCAAGGACCAGGCCCCAGAGCUGCGCUCUUCCUUUCCUGGGAUCACAGAAUAACCUUUAGGACCUGUGGGCUUCCAUGGCUGCAGAUGACCUAUGACUGAAAUAUGUGUAAGGACGGCCUUGGCUUGACUUGGUCUAGGGUCUCAUCUGGACUUUUAUCCCAUGCGCAGGACUUGAAAGCCAGUGUAGCUCUGACUCUCAGGAUUGACCCUUCCUCGAAAAUAAAAAAACAAAAAAAGAGAAAAGAAAUGCUUGUUAAUUUGUUCUAGUGUCAGUGUACACUUUGAAGACUAGCGCUUGUGUGUUUGUUUUUGAAGGGUGGAAGAUGAUGGGUACUCUACCGAUCUGGGUUUGUUUCUUGACACAAUAUGGUUUGCCCCAUUUUCUGAACUGAAAAUCUGAAAUGAAUCCUCUAGAGUAAAAUUUAGUGUAAUUUUGUGAGAGUAAAACAGGAGGCCGAGUUUGGGAAAGGUGGUAAUUUUGAGAAAGCAAAUCUCAUGCUACCCUGUGUGUAUGAGUGUGUUGUGUAUAAAUAUGUGUACCUAUGCUAACAUGCACAUUUAUUAGUUCCUGUGUAUCUACUUCCGAAGACACCAUUAUCUAACUACAGGAUAUGAGCACUUCCUUUGCUCACACACACACCUCAGCACUGUGAUGGGGCACUAAGACUUCUUCCUAUUAUGGAAGUCAGCUAAGGACACAUGAACCCCAAGUGCUUUUUCCUCAGCAGUAUGUUCUGUUCCCAAUUAAAUUAAGAUUUCCUGCUUCCAAAUAAGAAAGAUGGUUCCUGUUUUUACUUCAGAAGACUUUUCAUUUAAAGAAAAAUUAAAAUCUU